CAACAAAAACCCAGAACCCUCUUCCCAAACAAACAAGGACUAAAAUAACCUAUUAUAAUAAUAGCAACUUCCCAAACGAAGCCAUAGGUGCUAGGAAUUGAGCGUAACCCUGACGGUAAAGGAACAACGAUGAAGAAGAAUAUCCCUCUGCUUCUGAUGGGUUGUGGAGGUGUUGGAUGUCAACUCCUCCAACACAUUGUUUCCUGCAGAUCUCUUCAUUCCAAACAGGGAGUGCACUUGCGUGUUGUGGGAGUAUGUGAUAGUAAAUCAUUACUUGUUGCAUCAGAUGUGCUCACAAUGGAGUUGGAUGAUACCUCUCUGACAGAAGUUUGCCACGUCAAGUUGAAAGGCUCUUUGCUACUGACACUUGGUAAUUUAGGUCAAUGCAAGGUAUUUUCGAACCCUGAAGCUAUGGGAAAAAUCAUCGAUGUCGCAACUCUUCUGGGUAGAUCUACAGGUUUGGCAUUCAUUGAUUGCUCUGCCAGUUCUGAGACUAUUGGAGUGCUAAACCGAGUGGUAGAUUUGGGUUGUUGUGUUGUGAUGGCCAAUAAGAAGCCUCUUACUUCUUCAAUGGAAGAUUAUGAUAAGUUGCUUGCAUAUCCACGUCGCAUUCGACAUGAGUCAACUGUUGGUGCUGGCCUCCCUGUUAUAGCAUCCUUAAAUCGUAUACUUUCAUCUGGAGAUCCCGUGCACCAUAUCAUUGGGAGCUUAAGUGGUACGUUGGGUUAUGUAAUGAGCGAGGUAGAAGGUGGAAAGCCAUUCAGCCAAGUUGUCAAAUCUGCUAAAAGCCUUGGUUACACUGAACCAGAUCCUCGUGACGAUCUCAGCGGGAUGGAUGUAGCAAGAAAGGCUUUGAUCCUUGCUCGUCUUCUUGGUCAGCGGAUUGACUUGGACAACAUAAAGGUUGAAAGCUUGUAUCCUGAAGAAAUGGGACCAAAUAUAAUGCAUGUUGAAGAUUUUUUGGUGGAUGGCCUUCCACUGCUUGAUAAAGGCAUCCAAGAGAGGGUUGAAAGGGCUUCUUCAAAUGGCAAUGUGCUCCGUUAUGUUUGCGUGAUUGAGGACUCAAGGUGUGAAGUUGGCAUUCAAGAGCUUCCAAAAAAUUCUCCCUUGGGGAGACUAAGAGGAAGUGACAAUGUGUUGGAGAUAUCAAGCCGGUGUUACAAUCAACAACCACUUGUUAUUCAAGGUGCUGGAGCAGGCAAUGAUACUACAGCAGCUGGAGUCAUUGCUGAUAUUCUUGAUAUUCAGGAUCUAUUUGUCUGACAAUAAAUUUUCAUGCAUUAGUCCGAAUAAACUUGAAGAGCCAAAAAUGCAAGAUAUAUGGCUUAUCAAGGUAACAAAAAGGUACUGGAUUUUGGAAAACAUUGAGUUGAUGUUAUUGUACUGAGAAACUCCUGGGUUUUGUUUGUGUUCAAAAUGAGUAUGUGUGAGUAUAUUGAAUAUUUUGGAGAUAAAAAAGUAUGCGGACUUUAGUCCUCGUUGAAUAUUUUGGAGAUACGUUGAUGUUA